AUGUUCGGAAUCGACAACCCAGUCAGCAGCGGAUCUAGUGCCACCACGCGCUCCUCAAAGCAUGAUCAAGAUGAUUCCGAGGCGGUAUGGCGACGAUCCAUCGAUGCUCUAAUCGAGCCGGUCAACUCCAUGGUUGAGGCUAUCCGCAACGGCAUCGAACACACCACCAUACAACUCGAGCUCGUAACUAAAUCCCCAAAGGCCGAUGAUAAGGCUAAAAUCGACACCGAAGCUGAGGGCGGAAAAGUCAGACCCAGCGACGCAAAUUUUUCUAAACAUCUGGAAGAGAUGCUGAAUGAGUUCUCGGCCGGAAGAAUUGAAGCUCUGAAUGCGUGGGCCAACAGUAAAGGUCUCUCACCGGACCAAAUGGAGGAACUGCAGUCUUGUGCUUCUCGCGACUUUGGUCAAGAUCCGGAUUCAGCGCGCGUACCCAUCGAUCGCCAGCAGCUGUUUCUGAUCCUGUACAUUCAACACAUGCUUUACACCACCGGAAUAGCAGUGCUUGAGCUUAGUAAAUUUUCCGACCGCCUCGUUGCUGAAGGUGUCAUGUCGCGCAAUCGUCUCAUUGUGCCGUCGUUUUCGAGAGUGAGACGCUGGACUCUGUCUAUCUGGGAUACAGCGGAUCAAGCGCUUGCUGAUGACGACCGGCCAAGCUCAAGAGAAGAGAAAGACAUGCUAUACGGAACUUCCGGCCGGUCUACUGAUGACAUUGAUCAUCUUCCACCCACCAAUGCAUUUGAAAGGUUUGGAGUCAAAAUCAGACGCUUCCAACAAUUCUUGAAAGGACCCGAGUUGGGUUUUGGCUUCAGAUCAGGCUGUGCAACAAUGUCCUGCGCUAUCCUUGCAUAUCUCCAUCAGACUCAAUUCAUCUUCACGCAUUACCGACUUAUCUGGCCAGUCAUCAUUGCUGCCAUUGGAGCCAACAUGUCGGCAGGACAAUCUGGAGUUUCUUACAUGCUUCGUAUUCUUGGCUCAUUCGCGGCAUUGAUAAUAUGUUACCUCGUGUGGUACAUUCCGAACGGCCAUGUUGCUGGUGUCAUUGUGUUCAUGUGGUUCUUCUCGUUCCUCCAGAUGUACUUCUUGAUCAAGUGGCCCAAGUACUUUAUUGGCUGGCUAGUCAUCUUGAUCACAGAAGUGUUGUCCAUUGGCUACGAAUUGCAAGUCGCAAAGAUUGGUGUAGCGGCCGCGACUUCUACGGGCGUCUACUUCUAUCCCGCGUUUGAUGUUGCAGCCAUGCGCGUAGCUUGUGUGCUCUGGGGAACUGUUGUGUCGAUCUUCUGGACAUAUCUGCCUUACCCGAUCACAGCCCGAGGGUUCUUGCGUAGAGAUGUGGCAAGGAUUAUGCACUUGCUUGCGAACUAUCACGCUGUGGUGCAUGUUACCAUCAAGACCAGAUUGCGAGGCGCGGAGGGCGAUUCGAACGACAAGGCAAGUCGAGGUCAUGUUCUGUCCAACACACGGAGAGCCAUGUUCAACAAAAUUAUGGUACUCACAGCGACCGCAAAGCACAACGUCUACCUUCAGAAGUACGAGCCCAGUCUCGGUGGUCGCUUCCCCAUAGCAAUGUUCGAGGACAUCCUGUCCCAGCUUACUGUACUCCUGGAUUACAUGUCACUACUUUCCUAUUCCACCGAAGUAUGGUCCAUCGAUGGCCCCACAAACCACUACUUCCAUCACUCUCAACGUAGCCGUCGCUGGCUACAAGAUCUUGCCGAGCUGAUCCUACCAAUCGAGCCCACCGAGCAGAGGGUGACUCUGGUCCUAUCACAGCUUUCUUCUGCCUUGGACACUGGUAGACCACUUCCCGCAAAGACACAAUCAAUGGAGCCUUUUUUGCUGUCACAGAAGCUCAAGGAGUUGGACCCGGAUAUCUUGCACAUGAGGCAUAUGCUGGAACUAGGCUAUUCCACUUAUGCUGUGACGGAGAUUAUUUCCAGUAUGAUUACGCAUAAGUUGGAUCAUUUGGUUAAGAGUGUUGAAAAUUUAGUAGGUGUUGUUGAUUUUAGUCGGCAUGGGUUGUUCGAGGGAGUUAAGCAGGCUUGA